CAAUGGAUCGACUGGCUGAUUGCAGCCAAUGCAGGAUCUGUACUGCACGCCUAGCAGUGAGCAGAUUACAAUGGCGGCACCAGAGGGGGGUCACAAGCUCAAGAUGUGCAGCUUUUGCAGUGCAUCCCUUCUUUCCAUCCUGUUCCUGUACCUGCUCUUUAGGAUAUCCAACACAAGCAUCAUAAGUCUUACUCGAGCUGCGAUGCAGCUGCAUCCAGCUGAUGUCUUCAAGCCACAGCCUGGGCGGAGCGGUCAUAGUUUAAUCGCUGACCUUUCUCCGACUUUGUUGCCGCCAGACGUGGAGGUGCCCCUUGGUUCUUCUCUCCCCCUGCGUGCGAACCCUCCUCACCCAUCAGUGAGCAACCCAAGCUGGCUGGCAGCAGACCAAGCUGCAGGCGAUUACCAGGACCAGGAAGCGCACCAGCUGGAGAGUCCCCCCACCUGCAGGAGUGCUGAUGGGGCUCCUGUUGACUGGUUCGUCGUUCUCAAGCUUCCGAACGGGGAUCACUACGCGUACAUUGACAGCACCUUCUCCCCACCUCAACCUUGCGCCACAGGGCCUGCGGGGGGCUACAAGUGGGCCAUCGCAGCGGGCCUGGCUGCGCAGGGAGAAGGGCCUCUGGCAAAGACACUGCUGCCGCUGUAUGCGAACCAGGUGAAUACCAGUUAUGUGAUGUAUUCCGACGAGUACCCGGAUAUAACGGGGCAGCCUGCGCACUGCUGGGGGUGGGGCGCACACGCCAAGGGGGUCCUGGGAUUUGGCCCCCAGCGCGGCUUCUGGCUGACCCACAGCAUCCCCAAGACGCCAAGCCACCCGCACGACGGCCCCUACCGCGGAAUCCACCCCCCACAGCUCAAGUACGGCCAGAGCAUGCUAUGUGUAUCCUUGGAUCAAGAGCAGCUAGAUCUUGUUGGCCGUGUUCUUGGGACGUCAGGCGUGUGGGUUUAUGCGGCCCGGCUUGCGGCUGCCUCCCAGGCGCUGUACCCGCACGUGCAGCGCCUCAUCUCGUUUGGGCCCCACCGAAUGGCGCGCUCCAGCAAGGCCCCCCCCUGGGUGCGAGGCCAGAUCGUGCGCUCUCUUGGAGGCCAAAGCUUUGCCCUGUUUGCAAAAAGGCCGACCGUAUAUAAAUGGCCAAUUUGGCUCUACGAGCAACUGGUGGAGCCUUUCUUCGCGCUGCCCAUGGCCUGGGAAACGUGGCAGAACGGGGAGGCGGCACCGCAACCCUCGGGCUGCAACGGGACACGCUUCCCCUCGUUCACUGUCAAGCAGGUCGCUGUGCCGGAAGCGGAGAUGGCGGCCCCCAUGUGGAGCUGGGGUGUUCAUGCGGACCACUCCAAGUGGGGGGUUCCAUUUGACGUCACCGCUGACCAGCACUCGGCGUCGCCCUCGGGGCUGUCCGCCGGGCUGUUCCGCGUUGCUCCCCCUGUCUGCUUGAGCGACAUGAACCGGCAGAUGAGCCAAGGGCGGCGGGGGGGCGGAGCCGCAUGCUUCCUGGACAACCGGGCCAUCUUUGAGAGCUUCCGAAAACUCAUCGUCGAGGUGGAGAGCUGUUCGCAGGCAGGCGAAGGAAGAUAUUGGUUUGGAUUACGGUCCUUCAUGAUGUUCCGGUGGUACGUCCCCUGCGUCACACAAGCGCCAAUGAGCAUACGGAGGUGCAGGUCCAGCUCGACCCUCGUGCUGAAGUCUUUAUGGAAAGAUGCAUUGGUUGUAGAUUUCUUAUGUACGUAUGUCGUAGCCUGCUACUAAUGAAACCAAAUUAAAUCUGAG